AGCAGUCACACUGAACGAAAAUAAUUUUGUUAUUGCCAACAACAAAUUUUUGUUGUUAAAUGGAAGAGCCAACAGCAGACGCUCCGCGCUUCGUUCCAAUCCACCUGACAGCCAGCAGCCACAGCGGCAGUUAAUACCGCGGAGCUGCCAGCGCCGUCCCUUGCACACAGUCGAUCGGAGCAAAUCCCGGGGACGCGAGCGCGAUCUAUUUUGGCCAGCAGAGUUACGUGAACGUCAUCGGAUUUCGGGCUCGGAUUCGCGGAUUUGCGGUUGGCAGGCAAUGCAACAAUGAACGUCCGAAAGCGGCCACGUCUGGAGCUGGAGCUGAACUCUGCUUCUGCAUCCGCUGCUCCACCUGCCCUGCUCACAACGACCGCUCACACAGCGGACCUGUCCGAGGCCUUGCUCAGCAGCAGCACGUUCGGCAGUGGCAGCGGCGGCCAGAGCCUGAUCCUCACCAGCGCUGGCAAUGCCCUGCUUAAUAGCAGCAGUGGAGCGCAGAUAUUCCUCACUAUCUGCGGCGAUGAGAACUCAGAGGAUGGCGACGAGUCGCAGGAAUAUUAUGCCAUUAAGCAGGAGCCCGGCUCCGAUCUGGAUGUACAUACGCUGCUGCCCACCAACCUGCAGCUGCCCACGGGCUGUGAAAUCUACCUGGUGAAGGAUACCAGCCUGGCCAGCCAGCCGAAGACCUCCAUUAAGUUAGAGCCAGAGCUGCUUAGUGAAAAGAUGGUAGCCUCUAGACCAGUGACGUUGUCGGUGGCAGCAACACCAGCACCUGUAGCAGCUACAGCACCAGCUUCCUCCGCCACCAGCGUGCUAUAUGGCCAGACACAGCGAUCCGUGCCAGAAGUUUUGAAUGCCGCCACAUCUGUCAACGCCUCCAUCGUCCCUACAACACCUGCCAGUAAGCUGGAUGCGUACAAGAAGCGCGACGACAAGCGCCGUGCUACACACAACGAAGUGGAGCGUCGACGUCGCGACAAGAUAAACAGCUGGAUCUUUAAGCUAAAGGAGAUGCUGCCUAGCCUGAGCUCCAACGGCUUGAGCACCGGUGAGAUCAGUCCGAGUCCCAGCACCAGCACCAGUACCAGCACAAGCUGCAGCGCCAAAAGCAAUCUAAAUCCGAAUCCAAAUCCGAGCCCCAGCGGACGGACGCCGCCCAACGACUCCAAGUCGCAGAUCCUAAUCAAGGCGUGCGAGUACAUUAAGAGCAUGCAGGGCGAGAUUGACACGCUUCGCGACUGCUUGCGGGAGGCGGAUGGCCUGAGGGCCAGCAACCAGGCGCUGCGCGAGGAACUGGAUCGUCUGAAGCGGCAGCAGCAAAUGCAGGAACGUUUCCACACAGCUGCCAGCACUCGGAGCACCUUUAAUGUUACGCUCAACUCGCUGAAUAGCUCGGCAACCAGUGAUCUGUUCGAGGGCAUUGAUACGACGCCCAAUCUGGCCGCUGUCUCGUCGCUGGGAUUUGGCAAGCGUGGACUGCUCAUAAGUGAUUAUGAUGAGUAAGGAUGGAUGGAUGGAUGGAUGAUAGGAGGAGGCCAAGGAAAGGAGGCGUAGGCGAAGGGCGGAUGGUGGAGCGCUGGCGCCUCGAUAAACAAACAAAAAAACGCCCAUCCACCAAAGAAUGACGUGCAACGUACACGCAACGCAACACACGCAGUACAAUAAACGGAUAUGACGAGAGGGAGAUUUCUUGUUAUCGCCGCCGCUGUUAUAUACAUGUUAUAUAUAUAUAUACAUGCCUACACAUAUGUGAGUAUGUUUGAGAAUAUGCAGUCGAUCUUGGGUGACUCAAAAGCCAUGUUUCUGUUGAAAGCUGGUUCUCUCUCAAUUGAGUUCAAUUAACAUGCCACCAGCUGCUUUUGCCUGCUAUUUGAUAUUGGUAUUGGCAUUAUUGGUAUUCCAAAACCGAAUCAAUGAAAAUAGCGAUCAAAAAAAUGUACGAUCAAUGGCAAGGUGCUGUGCCUGGUAUGGUAUGUGUCCAUUGCUUCCUAUUAAAUUCGAUCCAGGGGUUCGGUUUAAGAUCACAAAGAAAGAAUAGUUGCUAAUAUGAAGAAGCUUUAGAAAGCAUUUUUGAGUUAUUUUUUAUACCUUUUGUUAAGAUAUAAACUGGUUUUAAGAUUGCAAAGCGAACUAAUUUUUUAUUAUUAUUAUAUAUUUUUAUAUGUUGAACAUUAACUCACAAACCGUAGCCAAAAUACCAUUUCUUUUUUUAUUAUUAUAAAUAAUAGCAAACUUAUAUUUAGUUUAAGGAGUUUUGAGUGACGAAAGUUCGACUGCGAAUUUAUGAAAUAGAUGUUGAUUCUUUAUUUUUUGUUUUUUUUUUUUUGUAUCUCUGAGAGAUCCUCAUGCAGUUUGCCAUCUUUAUAUAUAUAUAUAUUUAACUACAUAUUACCUAGACGUAUAUAGCUUAACUAAAGCGUUAAAAGAAGCGUUAACGAUAACGAUACCUACCUAAUUGCAUAAAUACCUUGAACUAAUUCAUAUUUGGGAGCAUAUAUUUAUGCUUGUUUUUUCGAUUUUAUUGUACUGUUUCUCGCACUAAUUACCUACAGGAUAAUGUAACGAAAUUAUAUGAUAUACCUAGUUAUAUAUAUCUUAUAUAUAUUAUAUAUAUAUAUGGACAUGUGUACAUAAGUAGAGCAACCGAGCUCCCCCCAAAGGCGACGUUCGACCGUGACCUUGACCGCAAUGAUGAUGACGAGAUGUUGACGAAAUAUGUUGAGGUGGGGAGAAAAGGGGGAAAAAAUAUAAGAAUAUAUUAUUAUAUUUGAGCAUAAAUUGUUGUGAAUGUUAUAUCACUGUUUUCGAUAUACACGCUGUUUCAGAAGUAUACAGUAAAAACGUUUUAUAUAAAUACAUAAGUUAAAUAGCAAAACAAAAACACAAAG